UGACAUCCCUGUUCGUCCUCAAAAGCCGUAUGAACAUUUUCUUCCGUCAAAUGCAAAAUAUGUUCUGGGAGCCUAAACGAGACGAAAAAGGACGAGACAAAGGGGAGAUGGCAGCCUUAAAUAAGGUCGUAGACACGACGGCGUUUUGGUAUUUAUUUGUUUCGUCGUGUUCUUUGGUCACGAAUCUUUGCAUUCCCAUCUUCAGUGAAGGAGACAAACUUAUAUACGAGGCUUACAGACCUCCUGGAGUAACGUACUUCUUAGCAUUAGGCACUCAGGCUUUCACCGGUUUCACACACAUAUUCUACGGUAUAUUCCCGUUCGAUAUGCUGUUCAUGAUUCUGCUAUCGUGCACAACGUUACAGUUUCAAUUACUGAACGAAGAAAUACGCACCUUGUUCGCCGCAAACCUGGAUAACGAAAACGCUGUUGCUGACUUCCGGAAAAAGCUGAAGAGAUGUAUCGGACAUUACGAUUUUCUGUUGCGAUACACGAAAGCUAUCAACGACGAGUUUUCUAUCCCUUUAGCGUUCUCCUUGGUAACGAUGUUCGGCUGCCAUACAGUAGAAAUGUACAGAUUAGCCAAAGCGCAAAGCUUCGCGGCGGCCUUGAGAUCCCUAUUGUUCGUGACAGUAGGAGUGUGGAUGGUAUUUAUGAAGUGUUUUUCAAUACCAGCUCAGCGACUAACCGAUGAGGCAUCCAUGGUUGGAAUCAACAUUUAUUUCAGCCCUUGGCAUAAUCAUCCAAAACAUUCCAAACCGGUAAUUAUGAUAAUCGCUAGAUGUCAAAAACUGGUGAAGAUUAUUCCAUGCGGCCUUUUUGAGUUGAGCCUAGAGACUGGCCUCGCAGCUAUCCGAGCUAUGGUGUCGUAUUCGAUGUUUUUGAAGACAGUUGACAGCAUGGCCGGUCACAAAAUGUGAGCACAGCAGAACAUGUUUCAAAAAAAAACUACAAAUAAAAAUGCUAUGUAGAUAUGUGUUUAAAUGGUUUUAUUUUUUGUAUUUGCAAACUAAAUAGCAAC